AUGACAGAGACACUCGCGCAGCACCCCCCGGCGACCCCUGAGCCCCAAUUCACGGCCCCCCAGCCUGAGGAGCCGACGGACUAUCCGCGUCCGGCUGCACCGGGCGAGCAAGCCCCGCACCACGAACAGCACGAGGAGGAAGUGCCUCGUAAGGAGAAGCGCAAGGGCAGCGGCGGAGAUGAACAUGAGCGUCGUCUCCAGGAGAGCUUGUACAGGAAGGCCGAGCUGAACAGACCGAGGAAGGAUAUGCACACUGGGAAGAACCGGAAUAACAUUGGAGGUGGCGGUAGGAUCAGCCAGCCCGCGGGGCGGCCAUUGAUAUAG